AGAAACUUUUAUGCGUCAGAAGCGUCUCCUCUUCAUGGUGAACCUGUACUUGCGUGUAAAAAAAUCUUAUCAGAUCAGAUGAGGUUGGGAUUGGGAGACUUUGCGAUAAGUCUGGACUCUGUGCGGACUUGCACUUUGGUUCUGCGGGACUGCAGACAUGCCUCUGCUGAUAAGACAUGUGCUUUCAGUUUAAAGCUCAGAACGGAUAAGUUUGGUUGUGGAAUAAGAAUUACUUUCUUCGUCACAUUAGUUGAGGGUGUUUGUUUUUUUUCCUUCUUUUUUUCUUUUUUCAACAGAUUAGAUUACAUGUUGACGCGAUGACGCCCGAUUUGUUUACUCCUCUGAGUCCUGUCUGUGUCACCUCUGGCGGUCCGCCGGCUUCAGCCGCGGCUCCGUGGAGCUCUGUGACAUGAAGAUUGUUUAGGAAGCCCUGCAUUUGAGCCACCAUGUGGGCGUGUUUCUCUCAGGCCCAGCAGUCUCUCCGCUCUUGUGUGGAGUUCAGAGCGAGGAAAACGCAUUUCUUCUGCUGCGACCGCAGAGCGCAAAAGGUGGGAGCUCUCCGACUCUGACGCGCACACCAUCAUCUCCCACCCCGGGGCUCCAGGCGCUUCACUUCACCAACAAGAGGGAGAUUUACAAAAAAAAAAGAAAGAAAAGAAAAAGAAGAACUCAUCAUCAUCAUCAUCUAGCCAUGGACGCAUCUCGGUUCGCUGCGGUACAUCUGGGCCUGCUCCUCGUUUUGUUUGGGAAUGUACCGUGUUUCCAGUCUGCUGCUAUCAUCUCCCCUUCUGCGCCGAGGAGGAACAGGGAAGCCAGGACCUCUCAUCCGCAUGGACAAAGGUCACCCAGGCUCUUCAGAGACAUCAUCGCCUCCUCGCACCCCGCAGCGGGACAUCACAAAGACGGAGAGGUCCCAAAGGACGCCGUGGUGCCGCACGAGUACAUGCUCUCCAUAUACAGGACGUAUUCGGCGGCCGAGAAACUCGGACUAAACGCGAGCUUCUUCAGCUCUUCAAAGUCUGCCAACACCAUAACGAGUUUUGUGGACAAAGGAACAGACAAUCUUUUGCACUCUCCUCUGAGAAGACAGAAGUAUCUGUUUGAUGUCUCAACCCUGUCCGAGAAAGAGGAGCUGGUCGGAGCCGAAUUAAGGAUAUUUAGGAAAGCUUUGGGGGCCCCUCAGGCGGCGGGGCCCUUCCACCUCCAGCUCUACCCGUGCCGCUCCGACAAGCCGCUGGACUCCAGGUCUCUGGACGCCGCUGACUCCGCAGAGACCGGCGGCUGGGAGGUUCUGGACGUGUGGGACGCGUUUCGGACGCAGCGCCAGCACAGAAGCCAGCUCUGCUUCCAGCUCCGGGCCGUGCACGGCAAGUCCGACGCCGAGGUGGACCUGAGGCGGCUGGGCCUCGACAGGAGCGGCCGCGGACAGCAGGAGAAGGCCAUCCUGGUGGCCUACACCCGCUCCAGGAAGAGGGAGAACCUGUUCAACGAGAUGAAGGAGAAGAUCAAGUCGCGGCGCUCGGCGGAGGAGAAGCCGGCGAGAGCCGAGGGCCUGGGCGAGGGCCCCCCGCGGCGGCGGCGGAGGACGGCGCCGAACAACCGGCACGGGAAGCGGCACGGGAAGAAGUCCAAGUACAGGUGCAGCAAAAAGGCCCUGCACGUGAACUUCAAGGAGCUGGGCUGGGACGACUGGAUCAUCGCCCCGCUGGGCUACGAGGCCUACCACUGCGAGGGCGUGUGCGACUUCCCGCUGCGCUCGCACCUGGAGCCCACCAACCACGCCAUCAUCCAGACCCUCAUGAACUCCAUGGACCCCAACAGCACCCCGCCCAGCUGCUGCGUGCCCACCAAGCUCAGCCCCAUCAGCAUCCUGUUCACGGACUCAGGCAACAACGUGGUGUACAAACAGUACGAGGAGAUGGUGGUGGAGCAGUGCGGCUGCAGGUAGCGGCGUGUUGGUGUCAUAAAUAAAACAACGGAGGAAAAACGAAAAGACAGAUUUUGUUCAAGCCGAAGUGCUGACGGCUCCGUGGACGUGAACAGAUCAGCUCCUCACAGGGUCUGGAGCGUUUUAAUCCAAAUGAAGGGAUGCGCUCACAGGAAGCGCAUCCCGUCCACCUCCACCUCCACCCUACUUCAGUUUUAUUUAUUCAAACUGAUUAACACUAAAAGCGUCCAGCACAUUUAUUCUCAUCCACGCAGAGACCUUUAAAAAAAACCGUAUCAAGCGGAAUGUCCAGGAGGUUUUGGCGCAAAGCAGCGAAUAGACACAGUGCGCGCUCUGCAUGGCUGCGGGCCAGAAAGGAGCCUGUUUAUCUGGGAGCGCCGCGCUUGAUCGGGACGUUUUGGGGUCGUCCCUUCACCCCCAACACACACACAUACACACACACUCCCUAACUGGAGACAUUACAGGCUCGGGACAGAGCAUGCUUUCACCAAAUAAAUGAAUAAAUGGAAAUAAAAGAGAGAGACAAAAGAAAUCGGUAAAUACAUGAACACAUGAGGUGAAUGUCUAAUGUACCAAACCCAGAAACGUGGAUCUGUAUGUGAGGAGAUAAAGAUGGCGGUGGUGAUGCCUUCAAGAGAUUUCUCUCUUUUGUUUUUUUUUUGUUUUUUU